GGCCGAGUGUCGCUGAUGCACAAGAGGCCCCGCCACCACGUCCACCCGUUUGUUUGCCGUGUUUUAGGCCUGGCUCGACUGCGGUGCGUCAAAAAUGAAGACUGUUUCCCUGGCAACGCACUUUAUUGGCUUUCAGCUCAGCUCAGCUCAGCAGCUUUUCAUGGUCACCAACGCUUCGCCCCGUGAACGCUCUGAUGAGAUGAUUCACCGACGCUAGUGAUGAUGACAUUGACUCGGGGUCACCGAGCUCUUGAAUUUGUUCCACAGAAAAAGGCAUGCACGUUGAGGGUCAAGAACUUCCGGAAGCAGAGGCCAGCCUGUUGUUAGUUCUGAGCCGCUGGCGCAAAGGGACGGACGGCUCGUUGGAGACGCUUGGAGGGGACGGAUGCGUUUUCUUGACACUUUGGCGUGACGUCGAGGCAGUCUGUUUGUCGCUGGCGCUUUUGGAGCAUCUGGACAGGGCUCCGUUGAAUUUGGAAGAACGUACCGUGACGUUCAUACUGGUCCGCGGCAGUAAACGCUUGGAUUCCGCUCGAUGAACACGCCGUUCCGUUCCCGCCCAGUCAUCGACUGACGGCCAAAGAGGUGUUUGACGGCGAGGGCAAGCCCAGAGUGGACGUGCUGAAAGGCCACCUGACCAAGGAAGGACGCGUGGAGGAGGCGGUGGCGCUAAGGCUCAUCAGGGAGGGCGCCGCCAUCCUGCGCGCCGAGAAGAACCUGCUGGACAUCGAGGCCCCGGUGACAGUGUGCGGCGACAUCCACGGCCAGUUCUUUGACUUGAUGAAGCUGUUUGAAGUGGGAGGCUCCCCGGCAUCCACGCGCUACCUCUUCCUGGGCGACUAUGUGGACAGAGGCUACUUCAGUAUCGAAUGCGUGCUCUACUUGUGGGCCUUGAAGCUCCUCUACCCCAAAACCCUGUUUUUGCUGCGCGGGAACCACGAAUGUCGGCAUUUGACCGAGUAUUUCACCUUUAAGCAGGAAUGUCGAAUCAAGUAUUCCGAGAGGGUGUACGACGCCUGCAUGGACGCCUUUGACUGCCUUCCCCUGGCGGCGCUCAUGAACCAGCAGUUCCUGUGCGUACACGGAGGACUUUCUCCAGAGAUCACAAAUCUGGAUGACAUCAGGAAACUGGACAGAUUCAAAGAGCCUCCGGCCUACGGCCCCAUGUGCGACCUGCUCUGGUCCGACCCCCUGGAGGACUUUGGCAACGAGAAGAGCCAGGAGCAUUUCACGCACAACACGGUGCGGGGCUGCUCCUACUUCUACAGCUACCCGGCUGUUUGCGACUUCCUCCACCACAACAAUUUACUAUCCAUCAUCCGGGCCCACGAAGCGCAGGAUGCCGGGUACCGCAUGUACCGAAAGAGUCAGACCACCGGCUUCCCGUCCCUCAUCACCAUCUUCUCUGCACCCAACUACCUUGAUGUCUACAACAACAAAGCGGCCGUGCUGAAGUACGAAAACAACGUGAUGAACAUCCGCCAGUUCAACUGCUCGCCCCACCCCUACUGGCUGCCCAACUUCAUGGACGUCUUCACCUGGUCGCUGCCCUUUGUCGGCGAAAAGGUGACCGAGAUGCUGGUGAACGUCUUGAGCAUCUGCUCCAACGACGAGCUGACCACUGACGAGGACCUGGACGAACAGCUAAUAUAUGCCCCCAAAACAGGUGCCACGGCCUCUGCGCGCAAGGAAGUCAUCCGUAACAAGAUCCGCGCCAUUGGGAAGAUGGCCCGUGUCUUCUCCGUGCUCAGGGAGGAGAGCGAGAGCGUGCUGACGCUGAAGGGCCUCACCCCGACGGGCAUGCUCCCCAGCGGCGUGCUGUCCGGCGGCAAGGAGAAGCUGCAGAACGCUACUAUCGAAGCUAUUGAGGCUGACGAAGCAAUCAAGGGCUUCUCGCCCCAGCACAAGAUCACCAGCUUCGAGGAGGCCAAGGGCCUGGACCGCAUCAACGAGAGGAUGCCGCCGCGGCGGGACGCGCUGCCCUCCGACGCCAGCCUCAACUCGCUGAACAAGGCGCUGUCCUCGGAGACCAACGGCACGGACGGCAAGGGAAGCGCCAGCGGCAUCCAGUAGAGGGAGGGAGGGAAGCGG